GUAUCGCUUUAUAAAAGCAAGCGGCUGCAGAACAAAAACAUUGUGUGUGAGAAGCUUCACCAUGAUGGAGCUCACCUGUGCCGUGCUGCUGCUAUCAGCGAGCUUAGUGACAGCUACCCCUUACGGAUACGGUGUCAAGGGUGGAGCAGCGGCUAAAGCUGAAUCGAGUGCCGCUGCUGGUGCCUUUGGUGGCGUAGGUGACAUACCUGUGCCUAUACCCCUUGGAGCUAGCUAUUCAGGAAGUUUCUCCAAAUCAUCAUCGUCCAGUUCUUCUUCUUCAAGUGCUAGUUCAAGUUCAAGCUCGAGCUCUUUCAGCUACAGUGGCUCCGGAGCCAAUGGGCUCGGAUAUAAUGGCGGAGCACACGGAAAUGGAGGAUGCUCAUCUGGAUCCUGCCCGAACGCUGGAGGCAGUGGUCUAGCAGUUCCUCACGGUUCCUCUUCAGGCGCUAGUGGUGCUGGGCUAAAUGCUGGAGCACAUGGCAAUGGAGGAUGCUCUUCUGGAUCUUGUCCGAGUGCAGGAGAUCACGGCGUAUCAGCCACUCAUGGUUCCUCUUCAGGAGCCGCUGGUUAUGGUUUAAAUGGUGGAGCACAUGGCAAUGGAGGAUGCUCAUCCGGAUCCUGCCCGACUGGAGGAGAUAAUGCAGUAUCAACUCCUCAUGGUUCCUCUUCAGGAUAUAAUACAGCUAAUGCCGCAGCUACAGCUGGAGCAGGAGCAGGAGCUUUAUCAGGACCUGGAUGUCAGGGAUCUAGUUGUGAUGGCAGUUCUGAAAAAUGUACGUCUGGGCAGUGUAAACCUACGUCUCCCAGCGGAAGUUCAACUGGUUCAGAUUCACAAAAAUGUGCUUCGGGUCAGUGUGGAUCGGGCCUAGAAGGUGGUGUAUCUCAAGGAGACUACGGUUCAAAUGAUAUUCGUGUUGUAACAGAUUCUGCUCAUAAUUCGAAAGACCAAUCCUCAAAUAUUGACAAAACAUCAUAUAAUGCUGCCAAUUCCGAUUGCUCCAACGGAAACUGCAAUACCGCUGGACCAUUAAGUUCAAAACCCAACUAUUAUGGCGCUGGAAACUCCAACCAAGGAUCCAGUGCUGCUAACAAUCAACAAUCAUCGAAUACAAAUGCUGGAGUAACCUCUCACUAUCAGAAACCAUCCACACACUUGGAAACACCUAAGUUGAGUUCAAAGUGCAGCUCGGGAAACUGUCAUGCUGAACCAGCAGGACCAUCUGGUUCUUAUGACAGUUCACCUUCAAGUUAUAAUGUACCCAUUCAUGGAGCAUACAACAAUGGUGCGCAGAAACCGAUUUGUGAUGGUGGUAAAUGUGAUAACCAACCUAAAGGGCCAUAUUCUUCCCCGAAUACCAAUACCUUCACAACAGGCUACCAACAACAUUCACCUUCGGCAGACAAUUACGUAACGAAUGGUCCAUCUUAUAAUACUCCAAGCUCCAAUUGCGCUGGAUCAAACUGUUUUGGAUCGCCAGCAAAUCAAAAUUCGGGUGCGCCUACUUAUACCCCAACACCAGCUCCCCUUAAUUUUGGACAACAACCUUCGAUAAAUUUACCGGGACACGCUGGUCACACGAAACCAACUGAUAUAAGCAAACCAUCGCCUGACAAACUUCCAGUAUAUACAGGAGGUUUUGGUGGCCCUGCUGGAGUAUUAAAUCCCAAUGAGUUUGAUGUAGCUGCACCUGUAGCGACCGGACACCCAAGCCACGCUCAUGGAACUGGACAACCUUCAGGUAGUUAUCCAACUGGUUGCAAUUCGCCUAGCUGUUCUGGAUACCCCUCUGCUCCUGGAUCCCCCUCUGCUCCUGGUUCCCCCGCUGCUCCUGGAUCCCCCUCUGCUCCUGGAUCCGGUUCUCCAUCAGGAUCUUAUGGUCACAAACCCAGUGGAUCAACACCUAAUGAUAAAUUACCAACAUAUACAGGUGGUUUCGGUGGACCCGCUGGCAUGCUUAAACCAAAUGACUAUGCUCACCCAGGCAGUUCAUCACAUAACACACACUCGCCAGUGAACAACAAUGGCAUUACAGGAUGCAAAACUGGAAAUUGUGGCGCGUAUUCACCAAGCGCAAGUGCUACAACUGGGCCAUUAUCACCAGGAUACUCUGGUAGUACGAAACCGAGUACUGGCAUAAAUUCAAACGAAAAACUUCCCACAUAUACCGGAGGUUUCGGUGGACCAGAUGGAGUUUUUAAUCCCAAUAAAUAUGAUACACAUCAAACCGGUCCCACUAGCCCUGCUCAUACUCCCUCAGGAACUUAUAUCAACCCCACCUCUGGAGGCUGUACAACACCAAAUUGUUAUUCCCCUCAGGGCAGUUCUGCUUCAGCUAAUGCAAAUGUGCACCCCAUUGGUAUCACAAAACCUGGUUCCGGCGCCCACCCCUCAACAGUGCCUUCUUACACUGGUGGUUACCAAAGUCCUCCUGUAGUAAACAAACCUAAUGAAAUCAGUGCAACCGUAUCGGGUCCGAACUAUACUCCUACACAGUCGCAAUCAACACCGGGAACUUAUACCGGUGGAUGUAAAACUGGGAACUGUGGUGUUUACCCUGUCAGUGGAUCAUCAUCAGCUGACGCUAAUACGCAAUCCGGAUCGUUUGGUGUUACAAAGCCUGCAUACGUGAAUCCCGUGAAUUCACAAUAUACCGGAGGUUAUAAUGACCAGUCGGGUACACUCAAACCUCACCAACAUACACCAACAGCAGGCAGUGGUGCUGAGGGCUGCAGGACACCAAAUUGCGUCAGUUCACCCACGGCCACAGGUGGAGCUAUAUCUGGAGUUGAUACUCAAGCUGGGUCUAACUCUCACGGAACCACAAAACCUAGCGGUCCCACCUACUCGGGUGGUUUUGGAGGGGCUCCAGGUAUAUUGAAUCCGAAUGACUAUACUAUUCCUGCCGUAGGUGCCACACCUAAUAAUAAACCAACUGGCGUUUCGAAGCCUGCCGCUUGCACUUCUGGUAGUUGUAGUCCUCAACAUCCUCAGGGCUCUGCUGCACACUCUCAUAACGAUGCUUCCAGUACAGCUCACGCAACAGCUGCAGCUGAUGCUAAUGCUGUUGCGUACACUGGCGGAUUUGGAGGACCACCUGGCGUCCUUGAACCUUAUGAUGAUGGUAAAGGUGGAGCUAAACCUGCCCACGGUGGACAAUCUCACGGAUCUCACGCAGGCGGCUAUAGUUCUCCCAACGCAAACAUCAAUUCGGCUCACGGAACAGCUCCCGGAGCGAACAGUGGCACAUCGGGACCUGCCGGGGUUCCUGGAGCUCAUGGCAAUGGUGCUCAUGCCGGCAGUGCAGCAGGUGCUGCGGCGUUCGCAGGGGCUGUAGCCGGUGCUUCAGCUGGUUCCCACGGAUAUAACACACAUGGAUCAAGCUACAAUCACGCGGGAAAUACAAAAGGAGGAAGUCCUUGUGGAGGAGGAUGCGGUGGUUCUACUGGCGGAGCUUAUAAUGGCGGUUUGAGCGGUGGCGCUCAUAACACAGGUUCAGGCUAUGAUUUCAGUGGCGGUCUCGGUUCUCCCAAGCUUGGUUACUCAGACGGGCUGACAGGCUCGGGCAGUCUAUCGGCCGCUACGGCAAAGAGCCUGGCAGGCGCCAACGCCUUCGGUCUGGGAGGCAGCUUCGCCAGCAGCUCCGCCAGCGCGCACGCUUCAGCUGGAGCCUACACUAAAGGAGGUUACGGAAAACGAUAAACACCGAAUUUAACUAAAGACGUACCUAUUAGAUUGUUAUGGAAACGAAGACUUAUUUAAUGUAACUUUUACUUUGUAAGUACGAUAGUCGAUAGAUAUUGUGAUAACGAUGUGAUAGAUAAUGGAAAAUUGUGAAAAGAAAUAAACGCUUUUCUUUUAUUAUACCACUCUCGUUUGUUUUAUGUGUGAGUUUAUAAAAAAAUUAAAAUGUCAUCGAGAGAGUUCUGGUAUCGAUAUUGAACCCGCUAUCGGUGUGCAAUGAAUCCACAUGCUCAGUAAAGACUAUUAUUGUUAAAGCAUUAUAUGAAAAAUAAUAAAAAAAGAUAAAACUUACAAA